CCAACAUAUAUACCCUAUUCAUGCUCCAUCGCCUCCCCCGCACCCUCCCCCUCCUCUCCUCCACCCUCACGACAAUCCGAACCAUGUCAUCCACAGCCCCCUCCUCACCCAUCAACCUCGUUUCCGUCAACACCCACCCCGACCGUGCUCAGAGAGUCAUCGGCUCUGUCAUCCAGAGCGUCAAAGACAAGUAUACCAUCGUGCAUGCAGGCAACAGCACAACUAUCGAGGGUGUCAAGCCUCUGCUCGAAUCUACCCAGCCUCGUCCUGACAUCCUUUUCUGCGCCUCAAUGUGGACUCCCGAAGAACAAACAGAAAUCCAGCAGAUCGCCAAAAACACCAUCCCCGGUAUCAAGACAUACGCCAUCCCCACCGGCAUGCACGUCAAAGCCGGGCCGGAGGGUAUCACCAAGUAUCUGACGGAAAGGAUCGAUAGCAUCGUCAAUGGGAAGUGAAUAGCAAGUCAUUGGAGGUGAUGGUCAUUGUAGCUAGUAGAAACAACACCAAAGUCCAGAUCAUAUGCGUAUUGCGCGAUUAGGAAAG